AUGGAGGCAGAACCAAAAGAUCUCACUAUUCUAAGAGGACUGCAGCAGCUAGAGUGGAUCGGGAGAAUAUUACCAGUGCUUGACGGCUUCAGCCUGGAGAGCCGCCGUCCCGGCUGCGGCACCUGGGAGAAGGCAGCCUGUAGAGUCCGGUGGCCCCAGCGUGCCGUGGCCUCGGGGAGUGGGAAGUGGAGGCAGGAGCCCUCCUUACCCUUCGCCAUGAGUUUCCUGAUCGACUCCAGCAUCACGAUUACCUCCCAGGAUCUUAGUGCAACAUUGCUGUGCAAACUUGGACCAGGGCAGAGUGAGAUAGCAGAGGAGCUGUGCCAGCGUCUACAGCGAAAGGAAAGGAUGCUGCAGGACCUUCUAAGUGAUCGAAACAAACUAGUGGUGGAACAUGAAAUGGAGAUUCAAGGCCUGCUUCAGUCUAUGAGCACCAGGGAGCAGGAAAGCCAAGUAAGGAUUAAUAAGAUAGUGCAAGCCUUAAUGGAAAGAAAUUCAGAAUUACAGGCCCUGAGCCAAUAUUUAGGAGGGAGAGACUCCCUGAUGUCCCAAGUACCCAACUCUAACCAACAAGCUGAAGUUACCUCCAGUGGCCCCUGCUCUGGAGAAAAGACUGAUCAAGGUUCAAUGCAGAUACCUUCCAGAGAUGGUAGCACUUCACUGACUGCCAAAGAGGAUGCCAGCAUACCCAGAUCCACAUUAGGAGACUUGGACACAGUUGCAGGGCUGAAAGAAGAACUGAGUAAUGCCAAAGCGGAACUUGAACUCAUGGCUAAAAAAGAAAGAAAAAGUCAAUUGCUGCUGAUGCUAGAAGGACUAGUAGAUGAACGGAGUCGGCUCAAUGAGGCCUUACAAGCAGAGAGACAGCUGUAUAGCAGUCUGGUGAAGUUCCAUGCCCAUCCAGAGAGCUCUGAGAGAGACCGAACUCUGCAGGUGGAACUGGAAGGGGCUCAGGUGUUACGCAGUCGGCUAGAAGAAGUUCUUGGAAGAAGCUUGGAGCGCUUAAACAGGCUGGAGACCCUGGCCGCCAUUGGAGGUGGGGAACUGGAAAGUGUGCGAAUUCAUCACAAGCAUGCCUACUGAGCACUGGCGGGUCAGACUGCAGCCCAGGAUGGAAAACCUUGUUUGCACUAACCAGAAAGAUCCUUGUCUGACUUUGACAGAAUUAAAUGGUGACUUACUAAUGAUGGAACUGGUACAAGUAGCAUCAACUACAAAGUUAAACUCACUUUAGUCUACAUGGAUCUCACUGUACAUGCAUAUUCCUAAAUUGAAUGGUGGAGGUUGCAAAAUAUAUUUGCACAUUUUAAAUCAUUCUGUUUUAGUUUUUCCACUUUUAUUCAUUCUUAUCCCUAGCCCCUUCUCAUUCCCUCAUCCCUUCUGUGGGCCAAUAAAGUUUAUUCUUCCCCCACUUUCACAAUCCAUUUCAUAUGUUCCAUAUCAUAUCAUAAAUGCAUGUGUGUGUAUUAUUUUUGCCUUUCAGUCAACUCCUCUUUGAGUGAGAGCAUUUUUUAAAUCAAAAGAAUGCCUAUUUUAAGAUGAGAGAGUGGGAAAAAGAUUGAGAGUCUAUAAGAAUGACUUCGUAAAAGUGAUAUAAUCCUUAUCAGAAGGUAAUCAAAACCAGAGGAGUAGUCUUGUAAUAGUAGACUGCAAGUAUUGAGAAGGCCAAGUUAAAGAACAGAGGCAAAAGCUGUGAAAGUGAUCAUAGUAAACUUUUAUCUCCAAUACUGUCUCAGAGUUGACUGUUGUACACAAGUGAAAUUAGAUUAGGUACAGAUUUAAAUUCUAUUUAAAAUUUGUUCUUUAUUGAUACCUUUAGGUUUCUUUAAACCAAAGUCAUGCUAUUUAGUCAGAACAUGACUUCCAGAAUGGUCUUCCAGAGUCAGAAUUCUUUGUCUACAAAGAUCAUUUCAAAUGUAGUAUCCCUUUUUACAUUCAGUGUUUCACCAAAUAACUCAUUAUAGCCAAAGGAGGGUAUUGCAUCUUCCAUUUGUGGCACUAGAUAGGGUCCUAAGUUUUUCACUAUUUAGUAUGUAUACAUUUCUCCAUAUAAAAAGAAGUAAUCAGCUUCAGGCUUUGAAGUGUUUGAAUAGUUUAAAAAGAAAUGUUACAGAUGUAUGUUUAUAGCUUUAAUCAUUAUCUCAAUGCUUGCUUGUGGCAACAUGACAGGUAUAAGGAGAGGGGCACUGGAAAUUGUAUUUCUGAUGUCUUGACAGUCAAGAGUGUGAAAAAUAACCAAGAUUGCUUUGCAGCUUUGUGGGUUCAACAUCAUGAAUUUGUUUUUAUUUCCUCUGGUUUUAAGUUUCCUAGGUUAGAUGCUGAGGUUUCAGUUACUUUAAACAUGGAAUUGGGGAACAGCUUUGUAGCAUAAUAAAUGUGACCGAAUACCCUUUCUAAACUAAGUGGGGCACAAUGAUUUUUUUCCUUCCAUUAUUUUUUACAUGACAUUUUAGUUCUUUCACAUGUUGACAUGGCUUGUAUUACAUUCUAAAUUUCAUCUGUUUCUCUAACUUUAGCUGUGUCUAUAACAGGUAGAGCGUCAGUCAAACUAGAGUGGACAGGGAGAAAAUGUUCUACUGGGGAAGCACUCUGGAAUCUUCUGAUUAAGUAAUUUGCAAAAGAUUGAUAGCCAUAAGCCUUACUCUUAAUGGAUCUGCCAUUUCAGUUUCAAUG